AUGGGAUCAGUUGGACCAGUCGACAAGGGCGUUGUCUCGGUGGUAGAUGGCGUGACGGUUAACUUUGACCCGAUCGAGCUGCCGGGCCAGCGCAUCGUGCACGGCAACACGUUCCCGCUGGUGUUGAAGAUGAGCAAGCCUGAGGGCGAGGGGGAACUCAGCCUGGACGAGGCGGCGCGGGCGCUGCGCGACCUGUCGGAGCGCGGGAUCACGACGGAACUGCUCAACAAGCACGGGGCGGUGAUCCUGCGCGGGCAGCCGGACGCGUCGCCGCGAGCCAUGUCGGUGCUGGUGCACGCGGCGGAGGAAGGGCGCGGGCACUUCCCUUACGACCAGCUCGGGCUGGCGGGCAGCCGCACGGUGCACGAGAAGGAGGUGUUCAGCGCGUCCGAGGCGCCGCCGAACCUGUGGAUCUACCAGCACAACGAGUACUCGCGCUACACCAAGUUCCCCAGCAACAUCCACUUCUUCUGCCACGCCGCGCCGGCCAAGGGCGGCGAGAGCCCGUUCGCCCACAGCGCCGAGAUGUACGACCGCGUGGCGGCCGAGCUGCCGGGCUUCCUACACGACCUGACGGAGAAGGGCCUGAUCUCGCCCGACGUCUACCGCCCGCCCGGCAAGGAGGCCAAGAACUUCAUCUUCACCUGGGCCGGCCCGCUGGCCUUUGGCCGCGACAUCCAGCCCGGCGACGACAUGGCUACCAUGAAGCGCAAGGCCGAGAUCCAGGCCGCGCGCCUGACCCCGCAUUUCUGGUGGCGCGACAACGACGAGCUCGAGGUCCACCAGCACGUCCCUGCCGUGCGCCGCCAUCCCGCCACCGGCAAGCCCGUCUUCUUCAACAGCCUGGCCGGCCGCUACGGCACCGCCUACGACCGCGGCGCCACCGACCCGCCCUACGUCGGCGACGACGGCAUGGCCUUCCCCCCGGCCACCUACCGCGACGGCUCCACCAUCCCCAAGGAAUACCUGCAUCGCACCUGGGAGAUCAGCCAGGAGAUCGCCGUCCUGAUCAAAACCCAGCCCGGCGACCUGGCCCUGGUCGACAACUACCAGGUCUCGCAUGGCAGAGCCCCGUGGUUCGAGGGUGAGCGCAAGAUCCUCGUGAGCAUGUGGGACACGGAUAAGCCGGAGGAGAAGAUUUUGGAUUUGUGA